AUGCCACCAAAGGGAAAGAAGACGGAAGAGUCUACUCGCACGUAUUUGGGACGUCCUGGUAACAACGUCAAGAUUGGUAUCGUCGGUGUCCCGAACGUGGGCAAGAGCACGUUUUUCAAUUGUUUAUCAAAACUUCACAUUCCAGCUGAGAACUUUCCAUUCUGUACUAUUGACCCUAAUGAUGCCGUCGUACCACUGCCCGACCAGCGUUUUAACUGGCUUGUAGACAAGUAUAAGCCCACCAGUGUCGUGCCACCCGUGAUCUCCAUCACAGACAUUGCUGGCCUUGUACGUGGUGCAGCUGAUGGUGCGGGUCUAGGUAAUGCCUUUUUGUCACAUAUCCAGGCCGUGGACGCUAUUUAUCACAUGGUGCGUGCCUUUGACUCGACUGAAGUGACCCACGUAGAAGGAAAUGUGGACCCCGUUCGUGAUAUGAAGAUUAUUCAGGAGGAGCUGCGUCUUAAGGAUAUUGAACGCGUUAAGAAGGAGUCAUUGGGUGUCAAGAAGCUUGCGGAGCGUGGCAUUGGUGGCAAGGAGAAGAAGCUCGAGUAUGAGGCUUUGUGCAAAAUUCAGGAGUGGCUCGAGUCUGGCAAGGACGUUUCUUUUGGCACGUGGACCGCCCAUGAGGUUAAUAUCCUAAAUGCUAUGCAGUUGUUGACGGCCAAACCAGUUGUCUAUCUCAUCAACGUGAGCAAGCGUGAUUACCUGCGCAAGGGAAACAAAUACCUGCCCAAGAUAGCUGAAUACAUUAAGGAACGUGGUGGAAACGAGCCGGUGAUUCCUCUCAGUUGCGAGUUUGAACUUGAGCUGCUAGACCUUGAGGAUGCUGGCCAGGUUGAGACAUACUUUAAGGAAAAUCCUACGCACAAGUCGAUUCUUAACCGCGUGCUCCGUAUGGGAUACCAGGCUCUUGGUCUGAUCCACUUUUUCACGGCUGGUAAGGACGAGGUGCGGGGGUGGACCAUUCGUAAGGGACGAAUGGCACCCCAGGCUGCUGGUGUGAUUCACACAGAUUUUGAAAAGGGCUUCAUCAUGGCGGAAGUCCAGGCGUUUGCUGAUCUGAAAGAGUUGGGCUCCGAAGAGGCUGUUAAAAAAGCUGGCAAGCUCAAGCAGCAGGGCAAGAAGUACGAGGUGCAGGACGGCGACAUUAUUUUUUUCAAGUUUAACAACUAG